CGCAUGAUGUUAGCAUUCUCUACCUAGCAAUAUUGCUAUGUGAUUUAGUCAUAGGAUCAAAGUCCAAACUGUUUUGUCAAGUAUAUAUAAUGAAACUACAGCUUUUAUCAUGAAUUAUAGAAAGGAACAUACAAGGUAGGAACCUUAUAGUUUAUAAGGUGGUGUUAGAGUCGUGACCCAAAUGGUUCAAGAACUGCACAGAAGCCAACGGAAGUAUUUAUGAAAUAGUUUGAAGAGCAAAGAAAGAAGGAAGGAAUAGAUCUGUAACCAUGGAAACAGCAACUGUUGAAUCUCAGUCAGAAACAAAGACACAGGAGGAUGUGAUCAGGGAGAAAUUACUGAAGAGAAUACAGACAGACAUCAUUGGGAGCAGUGAUGCAAAAUCUGCCGAGAAUGUGAAACCUCAAGGAGACCAAACGUCAGAAGUGAUCGUCACACCUACUGAUGCUGCUGCAGCCGGAGAUAUUGAUAUAACAUUCGGUAAAGGUGACAAUAUGGGGAAUAAUAGUUCAGUGCCAGUCGUCGCUACCUCAAUCCGAAUGGAAAAUGGAAAUCCGGACAGACCAACUAGUUAUGGGGAUACAGUCAGAGAAAAAAAAGAUAUAGAUGACCUGCUGCCAGCCACGUCAGAAUGGACCACAGAGAUGAAUGGUACAGUGAAGAUACGUAUGGGAGACACUGGCCCAGCAUCUUCAAAGCCGACCACUAUUCCUACUGUGCUCAGGAAUACUGUCAGCAGGUUACCAAAUCAUCUAGCUUUAGCUGUGAAAAGGGAUGGUGAGUGGAAGAAGUGGACAUACAAGCAAUAUUAUGACCAGUCAGUCCAGGCGGCUAAAAGUUUUAUAAAGCUUGGACUGGAACCUUGUCAUGGUAUGGGUAUAUUAGGAUUUAAUUCUCCAGAAUGGUAUCUGUCUUAUAUAGGAGCUAUCUUUGCUGGGGGUAAAGCGACCGGGAUUUACACAACUAACUCUGCAGAAGCAUGUGAAUAUGUGUUGAGUGAUUGUCAAGCUAAUAUUAUUGUUGUAGAGAAUCAUAUGCAGCUUCAGAAGAUCAUUAAAGUGUGGGGAAACUUGCCUCAUUUAAAGGCUAUAGUACAAUACACAGGCGAAGUGGCGGAAAGAAGGGAAGGAAUCUAUUCUUGGGAUGAGUUUUUAGCCUUAUCAAAAGAAGUACCUGACUCAGAAUUAGAGAAUCGAUUCAAGAUGCAGGCUCCUAACACAUGCUGUUCUCUUAUAUACACGUCGGGAACAACUGGAAAUCCUAAAGCUGUGAUGAUAAGCCAUGAUAACUGUACAUGGACAGCAGAACAAACGGGGAAACAAUUACAAUACAGGGAAGGCACGGAAAUUAGCGUGACAUUCCUUCCACUGAGUCACAUUGCAGCACAGAUGUUGGACAUUCUGAUACCACUCAGAUUUGGCAUUUCUGUUUAUUUUGCUCAGCCAGAUGCUUUAAAGGGAACACUAGUAGAAACUCUCAAAGAGGUGCGGCCAACAGGAUUGCUUGCAGUGCCGAGGGUAUGGGAGAAAAUCAUGGAGAAAAUGCAGGGAGUUGCCGCCCAGACGACAGGUGUGAAACGUAAAAUUGCUGUCUGGGCCAAGGAGAAGGGAAAGAAAGGAGCAGAGGCUCAAAGGAGUGGUGGAAGAAUGCCUUGGGGGUGGGGUAUUGCAAAUAUGCUGCUUUUCAAGAAAGUGCGAGCGAAUUUGGGCCUAGAUAGAUGUCGUUUAGUGGGUUCAGCUGCGGCCCCUAUCAUGAGGGAGACACUGGAAUAUUUUGCCUGUCUCAACAUUCGUAUUGAUGAAUGUUACGGAAUGAGUGAGAGUUCAGGUCCACACACAUUCUGCACAGAUGGGGCAUUUAGAAUCACAAGUGUUGGUAAAGAGUUAUCUGGAGUGCAGACCAAAUUAGACAAACCAGAUGAAGAUGGAAAUGGUGAGAUCUGUUUCUAUGGGAGACAUGUGUUUAUGGGAUACCUGAACCAGGUUGAGAAGACUAAGGAAGCCAUUGAUGAACAAGGCUGGCUUCACUCGGGGGAUGUUGGCAAGAAGGACAAAGAUGGUUUUCUCUAUAUCACAGGCAGAAUAAAAGAGUUGAUUAUUACCGCUGGAGGAGAGAAUAUUGCUCCAGUCCCCGUAGAGGACAAUGUGAAAGAGGCGCUUCACUGUGUUAGUAACUGUAUGUUGAUAGGAGACAAGAGGAAAUUUCUGUCCAUGCUUAUAACAUUGAAGUGUAAUAUGGACCUAAAUACAAAUGAACCUUUAGAGACAUUAUCACCAGAAUGUCUGACCUGGUGUAAAUCUGUUGGAAGUUCGGCUACAACAGUGAAUGAGGCAAUUGCUGACCAAGCAGUUUUGAAGGCAAUUCAAGCGGGUAUAGACAAGGCGAAUGAUAAGUCAAUAUCAAGAGCAGCUAGGGUACAGAAGUGGUCCAUUCUUGGGGCAGAUUUCUCAAUUCCCGGUGGAGAGCUUGGACCAACACUGAAGUUAAGGAGACCAAUUGUAGUGAAGAAAUAUGAAAAGACAAUAGAGGGCUUCUACGCUGAAUAAUCAUACUGGUUUAAUAUUUUGUUAAAGGUGUGUCACAUAUCAAAGUGCUAACUAUGUAGAAUUUGUGAAAAUGUAACAGGCAAAAUGUAGAGGGGGAAAAGUGCCAAGUCAUUCAAGAUGGAAGAUGAAAAUUUAUCUUUCAGUUGCUUGCUAAGAUUUUUAGGUUUCUUUUCACAGGAAGUGAUAGUUUAAGGUUAUAUUUUGUGAAUAGCUUACAAAGAUUUUAAUUCUGUUACCUUAUAAGUUUAUUGAAAUAACUAGGGAAAAUUUCCACAUAGGGCUCGUUAAACAGUGAUAAUAUGUUAGUUUAAAACUUAGUUUACAAUAUUUAUUGAUGUUAGUAAAUUGCUAUGUUUUCAUACACAAACAAGUUCUCCUAAAGGUUUACUUUUAGUAGUUACCAUUUUACAAGAAUUAUUUGGUUGCAAGAAGAAAUAUUGGCAAUUAAAAGAUUCAAGAAAAUUGAAUUAAAAGAAAAAUUUCUAUGGUUAUAUUUAGACCAGAGAUAAAGUACAGUCAGGUUUUUCAAAAACCUAUGUUCACUAACUAAAUCUGAACAUAUAAUCAUUAAAUUUUUGUUAAUUUUCAGUGGAAUUUCCUGAAUUUGUAAUUUAUAUUGAUGAAAUGUAGUCGAUAUGGAGCAGUGUCAUUGGCAACAACAUAGUUGUUAACUAUGAAAAACUGAACGGCCAGUGACUUGAAUGGUAAACCAGUAAUCUCGAAGGCAGGAUGAUCUCAAAUAAUAUAGGGACUAUGCCUGUAUGUGAAGAUGCGCUUGUAUGAAGCGUGAAUAUUUUUGAUACAUUCCAUUGUAUAGUACCUCAUAAAUACAUACUGAACAUUUGUUGAGAUUUAUUUGCUGUCAUCAAUGCAUUUGCUGCGAUAGAUGAUAUGGAAGUAAAACAUCUAUCUAAUAAUGUAUCAGAUUUUUGCAUUUCAUAUUGUGUAUAAUUCAUCAAAAUGCAACACAUUCUUAGAAGUUUUCUAUUCUUGGUCUUUAUCAAAAAGAGUUGAGUUUUGUAAUACAUGUAUAUUAACUAUUAGAGUGUGUAAAGAUAUUGCAUAUAUGAUUUGAUUUUCCCCUUGCAAACAGACUUAAUUAAAAUUCUAGGGGCCUCCGUGGCCGAGUGGUUAAGGUCACUGACUUCAAAUCACUUGCCCCUCAUCGAUGUGGGUUCGAGCCUCACUCGGGGCGUUGAAUUCUUCAUGUGAGGAAGCCAUCCAGCUGGCUUACAGAAGGUCGAUGCUCGUGAUGAAAUAAUGCACGGAGGGGCACCUGGGGUCUUCCUCCACCAUUAAAGCUGGAAAGUCGCCAUAUGACCUAUCAUGUGUCGGUGCGACGUUAAAUCAAAAAAAAAAAAAAAUAAUAAUUCUGCUCUUCUAUCUGCUAGGUUAUGUUGUAAACUUCCUCUGGAUCUUUAUACUGAUUUAUUAUCUCAUUAGAGGACAUUUUAUUUGUAUGAUAUCUGUUUUAAAAAAGACUUUCCUGUAAGCAUUUAUUAAGUUGAUUCUAUCAGUCUGUAAUUCUAGACAUAAACUGUUAGAAAUAUAGAAAUAGAAAUACAGAUGUCUUUCAGAGUGCUUUUGGGCAGUUAAUGAAACUUAGUGUUGGCAAAAUCUGUUGUUUUUUUUUUUUUUCAGGUGAACUCUAUAAAUAAAUACAAAGGUAAUAUCACUGUCGGAAAUUUGAUUAUUUGUUUGUUAAAUGAGGUAUUGUUAGUGAGUGAGUAAGUUUGGUUUUACGGCAAAUAGUUAAUGAAUAUAAUUGAGGAUAAAUACAGAAAUAAUAUUCUUCUGAAUGAAAGUUUUCUUUUUUUGGGUCAUGUGACAAAAGCAAUUCUGUAUAGAUUAUGACAAACUUACAUAACUUUUUUAAUAGGUAGUUACUAGUUAGAAACUAACAUAUUGGUAUUAGCAUUACAAAUUAACAUAGAGGUGGGAGCGUAACAAUUUAACAUAGGGUUGGGACAUUACAUACCGUAGAUACCCAUGUAUAAUG